UCCUUCAUCUUCUUUUGUCAAAACCAAAAAACACAGGCUCUCUCUGUAAAACUCCAUUGAAGAGCCAACACAAGCAGCUCUGCUCCUAUGUCCUCACCAGCAUAGAACCUACCCCUUUGUUUUUCUCUUCUUCUGGGUUGUUGCUUUCUUCUCAAAUGUUGUGGUGAAAGUGCUUCCUUGGGCACAAAAAUGGCUUUUCAAGAUCAUAUUUCACACGAAAUCGCUUUUCAGUCACCACUAUCUGCGUCUGCCUCUUCCUCCGCCUCUGCUGGCCCUGCGUGGCUUAGCAACGCUGUUCUCCGUCUUAACGACGACGUUUUGGGUCGGAACCAAAGCGAGAAAGGCGACCACAAUAAUAAUAACAACGGUGGCGAGGAUGAGUUGAUAGAUGGUGGCGUUGGUGGUGGGGAUAAUUGGGAGAGGGCGAAAUGCAAAGCGGAGAUAUUGGGUCAUCCGCUUUACGAGCAGUUGCUAGCAGCGCAUGUCGCUUGUUUGAGAAUAGCGACGCCGGUGGACCAGCUGGCUAGGAUCGACACGCAGCUGGCUCAAUCGCAGGAAGUGGUGGCUAAGUAUUCUGUGCUUGGGAACGGUCAAGUGGUGGACCAGAAAGAGCUUGAUCAGUUUAUGACACAAUAUGUUCUAUUACUCUGUUCCUUCAAAGAUCAAUUGCAACAACAUGUGCGAGUUCAUGCUAUGGAGGCUGUAAUGGCUUGUUGGGAGCUUGAGCAAUCGCUGCAAAGCUUGACAGGUGCAUCACUGGGUGAAGGCACGGGUGCAACAAUGUCUGAUGAUGAUGAUGACCAGGCAGACAGUGACGCCAACUUGUAUGAUGGAAGUCUGGAUGGGCCAGAUUGCAUGGGAUUUGGUCCUCUUGUCCUCACUGAAAGUGAGAGGUCAUUGAUGGAGCAUGUAAGGAAAGAAUUAAAGCAUUCACUGAAACAGGGUUACAAAGAGAAGAUUGUGGACAUUAGAGAAGAAAUUCUACGCAAGAGAAGGGCUGGAAAAUUACCGGGAGAUACCACUUCUCUCUUAAAAGCUUGGUGGCAAUCACAUUCUAAGUGGCCGUAUCCAACUGAGGAAGACAAAGCAAGAUUAGUUCAGGAAACAGGCUUGCAGUUAAAGCAGAUAAAUAACUGGUUCAUAAACCAAAGAAAAAGAAACUGGCAUAGCAACCCGUCAGGAUCUACUACGAAGAGCAAGCGCAAGAACACUGCAGGUGAAAAUAGUGAUGAAUAAGGGGAAAAACUUGAUCCAAGACUACUAUUUUUGCUGCCCUUACCUGGAGAAGUUCAUAAUCAUAGCAUCAGAGCACCUCAGGAGCCACUGCAAUGAGAAGGAAUCUAUGUAUAAGAAUAGCUUAAAAGUUCUGUUUGGAUGUCUUUCACUUGCCUAUACAGGAAAGCUAAGCCUAGUAAAAGAAGCUACAAUUCUAAGAGAUGGAUUAAACCCAGCUCACUUGUUAAUUCAGGUUGACAGGUACAUGGUUGAAGACAUGCUGUUGCAUGUAUGUCCUUGUUUUUAAACCAUAAGCAACUGAUAUUGUUUGGAUAGCUUAUUUUUGUGCUACAGGCCUGUAAUUUUGUAGUAUUUGGUUUAUGUUCCUUCGUCUGUGAUGAAAAUAUGGAUAUGGCUAUAAGUUCUUGGUUUAUAAUGUAAUUAUCCUUGUUUUAUAA